GCAACGCGAGCGGCAUGGUCGGUGCCCGUGCAGCUCGAGACGCACAGCACAACACUGCACGAUGUUUGAACAUCUAUGGAAGAGUAUGGCAGCCGUUCUGUCGUCCCAGGAGGGUCGUCCUGCUAGUUGACUUUGCUGCAGCAAGGAUACACUGUUGCGCCGUGGUUUUGUCAGCACAGAAGUAUGCCACGUCAACCUGGAAGGAUGAGACAGCGGGGGUUCCAGGAUUUCGAGAUCCAACGACAGAGGGUGUUACAACGCUUGAUCGUUUUUGGGAGGCAGAAAAUACCUGGACCAGCCCAAUGAUGUCUUCAAACACCAGCUAUACACUCCACUGACAGAUUGACAACGACAUCGCAGCAGAAGUACAAGGUGACUGUGCACAACUUUCGAUGCGUCUACUAAGCAGCCACGUCUACGAUGCAGCGAAUUCGAGCACCAGCAGUGCUGAAACCUCCGACGCUGGAAGCAAAGGGAACAGCAACGCAAGAGGAGGAUGCCGCCUAGCUGAUGAAUUACUAGGCUUGAUAAAGUCCGGAAUAAAUUGUGAUGCAUGACACACACACACACACACACACACGCAAGAAAAGUGUACUAGCCCAGCAAUGGUGUUGUCUUGGUAACUCAGGGACCAUACCUGCUGCAUGCGAUGACAAACAACUCUCAA